AUGGCUUUAUUACAUUUUCUAGGCGGGACAAUGCCAAUUCUCUUUAUGGUAUUGGUUGUAGUCGAGUUGGGAUGGGCCGCCCAGUGUGACAAGAGGUCUGGACCCGCUGGAACUGUGAAAUGCAUUCAGUACAAUUAUGGAUAUCAAUGGGCAACAUGCCUAACAGAUGCAUACAUUAAGCAAAAGAGUAACCAAAGACACCAAUGUUAUGACCCAACAGCAACCUACUGCUGGUACGAUUGUAUGCGUGAAAAGAACAACAAGGUAAGUGGAACGGUGACGAGCGAUUGUUCUUGCACAGUAGCCCCAAAUCCAAAAACUCUCGCACCAAGCAGGUCACAGCUGCCUCCAGAGUGCUAUAGUCCACCAGCGGAUUCUUGUGGUUGGUAUAGCAACUGCUUGGAAAGAAAGUAUCCCUGUGAAGCUACAAGUAAUGAAUAUGUAAUAAGAUACGCCGAACAUUUUUGCAAGCUGCAACACGAGACCUUUGCAAAAUUUACUCUUAUCGCCCAAAAAUGGGUCGAUGAAGUUCGUAAAUGCCUACUGGUAGCACUGGUGCCACUGUUACGACCAUGGAUGAAUCCAACCUGUGAACAAAUAAGAGAGAGAGCAUACUCCUCUCAUACACCAUGCUACUUAGAUACUGCAGUCACAGACAAAGUCUGUGAUCUUGACUGCUCCGAUUACUUCAAGAUCUUUUGGAGCAUCAAGGGUUCCUUUACCAAAGUUGACACACUCUGGGAAUCUCUCAAAGGAUUGUGGAACAUAGGCUAUGAAUGUAGAUGGUCUGCUAACAUCAAGAAAUGCUACAGAGAGCUGAAAGAUGGCCCAGUCAGAGUGAUCACGCUGAAGGUUGUAAGGUUUCUGCCAUCAAGACCCUCACCUGAUCCUCUUCCUGAGUCUGAUGCUCAAAGUCUAUUCGCAGACGGAGUUGGCUCAGCCAUUGCGAGUGCCUUGAGGUGGAACUCAGAUGUGAUGGACUGGCUUGCCUAUACUGGGAGAGUUGAGGAUCCAGAAAACCUGGAAAUUGUUGUCUCGUUAGCGGAUAAGAAAGCCCUGGGUGUCGUUAUUACAUCCACUCCAUCAAUUGACCUAAACAAGACCAUCAAAGAUUUUGCCUCAGCUGUACAACAAGGAACACUCUCUUUGAAAGUGGAGGGACAAAAUGUCUGGGUGAAGACCUUGGCCUCGUGUUUUGAUAAAGCCUGCAACAACAUGCAGACACUGGCAGUGUCAGACAAGACUCCACACUUGAARACAUGUGCUUCUGCUGAGAUCCCACGUGGUAAAGUUGUCAUGCGUGGAACCAUCGUUGUGUUUAUCAUGAUGAUGAACAAACUGUUCUACUAAAAGCAGAAAGUUUAAGAUGAUUCGUAAGUUUUACACCGUAGUACAUAUAUUUUAUCUUUUAUGUAGGGAGCGUCUUCGAUAGGAAUAGCCUCCGACGUUUCCUUUUAUGUAUGCUCACAUAAUUGAUUGAUUUAGAUGCCCCUGUCGAGGAAGUUUAGUUUUUCUGUUUCUUGAACGUAGGGUUAUAUAUUAAUCAUGCAAAACAGUUGGUCUAAUAGUCUGUCACUCGCUGGGCGUUAUGCUUAAUGGUGAAACCUUUCGAGUCCCUAUCUACUGCCAGGAAGCUUUACCAAAAUUGUACGCCUCUUGCUAUUCUUGCAACAAUUACAGCGAUCUUUAGGUUAAGCAUGUUAGGUCAGGUCAUGGCACUGGACCCUUCAAACAACAUUGCAGCAAUACCACAACUUAAUCAAAAACCAGGACUACAGCCAGGAGUAAAUUCUGGGCCACGGAAUUGCUGCUCUAUUUUAGAGCUCACGGAAAAAAAGCAUUUCAAGUACUGUGAUAAAUGAACUAGGUGUUUUCUAGAUUGCAACUUUGUGGGUGUUACUCUUCCCAUAAACAGACUUCAGUAUGUGACAGGCCCUUAAAUCAAUUGAAAGUUAUUCGAAGCCGUACCGAAAAGCAUUUCAAUUUUGAUGUGUGUUUGUGUAGAGGUUCGCAAUAGUUUAUCUAAAACACCCAUUAGACAGCUCUCUGAAAUUGGUCAAAAGUACUCUUUCUUUCUUGGUUGAUAUUUCUCAAGUCCAGACCAGACCAUCGACACCUACGGUUGAUUUCUUCUGAUAAGAUGUUCGAAGGCAUAGAAAUAUAAAAACGUCUUGCACUUAUUAAUCUCCUUCGCCGUAGUGAAUUCAAACUUUUGAUGAUUUUUCUAGCGCGACAGCCAAAUUAUGCAAAUUAGUCUGCUAAGGACACUCCAACAGUUUUAUAUCAGUAGCUUAAUACAUCUUAGAUUUAAACCAUUUUAAGUUGAAAAGAUAGUAGGAGAGAGCCUUUAGAACACACCAAUUGAUAGAUUAUUCUGUCUAGUGGCGAAGACAAGUGAUCAAGAACCGUAUCGAAUAUCAUUGAUUAGCGACCGGUCAACGUUUUAAUGAGAAACUCUGUCAAAAAAAACUGGUUUUUUUUGUGUCAUAUUUGAGUUUAGAAAGCUUAAACUAUUCAAACCAGUAUGAAGAUUUCCCAACCAAACUACAUGAUUUUAUUUGGCUUAACCUAUGGUGACAGAACUGCUUAAUUACACCGUGACCAGUGACACUCGUGUCAUUCAAUUGUGUAUUUAUCUCGAAUUACUUCUCUCACCUAAAUAGAGCAAUGAUUACAUGGAAGUCUAGUCGUAGGACUACGAGAUAUUUAGUCGUCACACCUGUCUUUAUGACAAUUUCUAUUCAUAACUUUUAGGAGUUCUUGUGAAAAAGGAUCCUAAUUUCUUAAAAAAAGAAGUUAUUUCGUUGCGUGUCACCCCAUUUUCCAACAAUUAGCCAUAUUUUUGUUGUAAAGCGCGUAAUUUUAAUUAUUGUAACUCAAUUGUCUCUAUCGACAAUAAAUUCUUGAAGAGGUAA